AUGGUGGAUAAGCAAGAACACAGGUCAAUACUCAAGGGACGUGGAAUCGGAACACUAUGGGUAAAGGUGAAGAUUCCAAAAGAGGAACAAGUAAUUGAAGAUCAUGACUAUAAAGAUGAAGAUAAAGUUCAGAUUCAGAGGAAGAAUAAUACUCCUAGUAGGAAUAUAUGUCAUGUGUGCAACAAAGGGUUUAGCUCAGGUAAAGCUUUAGGGGGUCACAUGAGAAUUCACGCUCAACCUGCAGCUAACAAAGGAAUAAAAAAGCGUAAAGGAUUAUUGGACCAACCCAUUCCGUUGUUCAAUAAACGAAAACUACAGAUGAAGCAACAAGAAGUUGAUAUUUUGAGGAAGAAGAAAAUGGGCCGAAAUCAACGGCCACCAAUUACUUGUUCAAUUUGUGGUAAGAAAUUCGCAUCAAAGAAAUCAUUGUUUGGGCAUAUGAGGUGUCAUCCUGAUAGGGAUUGGAGAGGAAUUCACCCUCCUCCCACUGAUUUAUCAAAGGCUGUAGGUAGUUGGUCAGUUACUGCUAAGAGAGGCCGCAGGACAAAUUCUUCAUCAUCAUCAUCAGAAGAGGAACAAUUACGCGAUGGCGUUCAUUAUCUUAUGCUGCUAGCCCAUGGACAUUCACUUAAAGAUACAGGGAAAUUGGAAACCAUGAAUAGCAAUUACAAGACUGCUGACGAGGCUGAUCAUCUCGUUUCUAUAACUAAGAAGAGCACAAUCUGUCGGCCGAUAAAGAAGAGGAUGAAGAAGUUAAAGGAUUUAGGGUCCAUACAAGAUGUUUCCAUUUAUAACACAGUAAUUUCUACAGCUGCUACUAGCAGCUCAACAAAUAAUAUUACUACUACAAUGGAUGAUCAUGAGCCUCAACUAUCAUCAUCAAGUCAAAUUUCUUGUGUUAGAAAUAAUAAUACUAGUAGCAGAAUUCUGGAUUUUGAUCUGAAUGAAUUGCCCCUUCCUUCCUGA